UAAGAGAGCUCAGAUUCCUUUCUCUUCAUGACUUCCUGCUGCUAUAGCAGCUCCUACUCCUGUUUCUGCUUUAGUUCAUUCUUCUACUCUUGUUACUGCUGGUGUUUAUUUAUUAAUUCGUUUUAGACCAAUAUUAGAUACUUAUAAUUGUGGUUGAUUUUUACUUUUAAUUGGUUGUAUAACUAUAUUUAUGGCUGGAUUGGGCGCUAAUUUUGAGUUUGAUUUAAAGAAGAUUAUUGCUCUUUCUACUUUAAGACAACUUGGUUUAAUAAUAAGAAUUUUGGCUAUAGGUUAUCCAAAGCUUGCAUUUUUUUAUUUAUUGGCUCAUGCUUUAUUUAAGGCAUUAUUAUUUAUAUGUGCAGGUUCAAUAAUUCAUAAUUUGAAGGAUUCUCAGGAUAUUCGUUUUAUAGGAUCAAUUGUUAAUUUCAUACCUUUAACUUCAGUUUGUUUUAAUGUUUCUAGUUUAUCUUUGAGUGGAAUAUCUUUUUUAGCGGGAUUUUAUUCAAAGGAUUUAAUUCUUGAGAUGGUUUGUUUAAGAUGAAUUAAUUGUUUAAUUUUUUUUCUUUAUUUUUUUUCUACUGGUUUAACUGCUUCUUAUUCUUUUCGUUUGUUUUAUUAUUCAAUAUCUGGUGAUAAUAAUUUUUAUUCUAGAUUUUCUUUUGAUGAUAAGGGUUAUUAUAUUUCAUUUGGAAUAAUUGGUCUAUUGUUUGUUGCUGUUUUUGGUGGUAGUCUUUUAUCUUGAUUAAUUUUUCCUAUUCCUCAUGUGAUUGCUUUACCUUAUUAUUUAAAGUUUUUAACUAUUACAGUUGUUAUUUUAGGUGCUUAUUUAGGUUAUCUUAUUUCUAAUUUUGAUUUUUCUCAUAAUUUAUUUUCUUUAGGUAUACUUUCUUUUGUUAGAUUUGCUGGUUCUAUAUGAUUUAUACCUUUUCUUUCAACUAAGUUUAUUAGAUAUAUUCCUUUAAAAAUAGGUUAUUAUUCAUCUAAGUCAUUUGAUUAUGGUUGAGGUGAAUUACUUGGUGGUCAAGGUUUAUAUAGAUUAUUUAUUUAUUUAAUUGGUUAUAUUCAAGGUUGAUAUGAUUCUAAUUUCAAGAUUUAUCUUUUAACUUUUAU